AUGGUUCACUACGUCGCCGCCGAGGAGGCUGCAAGCAGGAACCUCACCUACGCCACUUCGGACACGGCCGUCCUGAGAGUGGACCACACCACCGGCAACACGUCAAGCCCGGACGCGUCGACCGGCCGGUUCUCGGUCCGCGUCGAGUCCAAGACGCAGUACGACAAGGGCCUCUUCAUCUUCGACGUGAAGCACACGCCUUACGGCUGCGCGAGCUGGCCGGCGCUGUGGUUCUCGGACCCCAACAACUGGCCCGACGCCGGCGAGAUCGACGUCAUGGAGGCCAUCAAUCAGGGCACCGACGGCAACCAGAUGACGCUGCACACGACGUCGGGCUGCGACAUGGACGUCAAGCGCAAGCAGACGGGUACGACGCUGCAGUCGGACUGCAAAAACACGACCAACGGCAACGCCGGGUGCGGCGUCGAGGGCUCCACGUCGACGUACGGCACCGGCUUCAACGAGGGCGGCGGCGGGUACAUGGCCAUGGAGUGGCGCGACGAGGGCAUCCGUGUGUGGCAGUUUGCGCGCAGCUCCGUGCCGUCCGACAUCACCAACAAGUCUCCCGACCCAAGCGGCUGGGGCGAAGCCCUGGCCGACUUCCCAAACACAUCGUGCGACAUGAGCUCCCACUUCAAGAACCAGUCACUCAUCAUCAACAUUGACGUGUGCGGCUCGCUCGUCGAGGCAAAGUACGCCGACUCGGGCUGCGGCGGCACCAGCUGCUCCGACUUCCAGGCCAACAACCCGGACGCCUUCAAGACGGCGUACUGGGAGUUUGGCGCAUUUAACUUUUACACGGCGUCGUAG